CUAUAUUCUUAACCAAAGUUUAUAAACACUUUUCACAUCCGCGUAUCCUUGCACACUCAUUGGGAUACUGCUUCAAUUGCAAAUCACACAAAUCUAUUCGCCACUCCCAAAAACUUCAUGUCCAUGUCGAAUUAACUAUUUAACUCUAGAAAGUUCGAAUCUUUUCACAGGAUUUUUUCAGGUUUUAAGAGCAUAAUUUCGAGCUGUCUUGAGAAUACUCUUUUAGGGUUCGAGAUUUUUGAGCUGCAAGAAAUUGUGAAUUUCGGCAGAGAGAGAGAGCUGGCAAUGGACUACGAGCCGUAUGAUAGCAGCGGAACUGAUGAUGAUCUUCCUCCACCACAUCAAAAUAGAAUUCCAAGAGGUGGCCGCAUUGCUGGCAAUGGAAGGCCUGCUGUCAUGGGUGCUGCUCCAUAUCCUAGAAUGCCUGAUGAAACUGAUAUGGAAGCCAAAAUUCACCAGCUUGAGCAAGAAGCAUACAGUUCAAUAUUAAGAGCCUUUAAAGCACAAGCUGAUGCCAUUACUUGGGAGAAGGAAAGUUUAAUAACUGAACUAAGGAAAGAGUUACGACUGUCAAAUGAAGAGCACAGGGAGCUUCUUGGUAGAGUUAAUGCAGAUGAAACGAUCCGAAGAAUAAGAGAGUGGAGACAGUCAGGUGGGCUUCAACCAGGCAUGCAUGUUACUGGUCAAGCUGUCAACGAUCCGGUGCCCAGUCCUUCUGUAUCAGCUUCUCGCAAGAAACGGAAAAUAGCCCCCUCUUUGCCUUCUCAAUCCUUUGGUGGGCCAUCUCCUUUCCACCCACAGGCAAUGGCCACGGCAAACCAGCCAUCUUCAUCGUCUGCAAAGCGUGGACCAGUGAUGGGGACAAAGGGGAAAAAGCCUAAAUCUAUUCCUACUGGUUCGUCCUCAAUGAAAAUGCAGUAUCCCUCUUCUGGUCCAGCUGGAAGAGGUCAAUUUGGUAACCGUAUUUCUUCUGGUGGCCUUCCAAAUGAACCUGGCGAAGGAGCUACGUUUAAUCAAUUUAUCGGACGGAAAGUAAGGACCAGAUGGCCUGAUGACAAUAAUUUCUAUGAAGCUGUCAUAACUGACUACAAUGCAGCUGAGGAUCGACAUGCUCUAGUUUAUGAUUAUGGUACUCCAAACGAAACAUGGGAAUGGGUCAACCUUGCUGAGAUUUCUCCUGACGAUAUACAGUGGGAAGGUGAAGACCCUGGAAUUUGCCGUCGUGGAGGUCAUGGUGGAUCGGGCCAUGGGAUGAGUCGACCUACUGGGCGAGGUAAUGCUCCUGGUGCAGGAAGAGGUAGGGGCUUGACAAAAUUCAGGAAGGAUUUUCCACCAUCGCAGAAUGGCAUUGGAAAGAAGGGAUCUGACAUCAUUCAGUUGCUUCAGACUGAUACUCUAAUUAAGGAGGUGGAGAGGGUAUUUGGGGCCAGCCAUCCGGACCCGGCUGAGAUGGAAAAGGCAAAGAAAGUACUGAAGGAGCAUGAACAAGCGCUUACCGAGACCCUUGCAAGGCUUGCAGAUAUAUCUGAUGGUGAAAGUGAUGAAGAGGAACGUUACUUGAAUGAGCAACCAAUGGGCCGAGAAUGAUAGAAUUGAACAGUGAUGGUAAUUCUAUCCAGCAAAAUGGAUAGCAAAGGAGACUUAGAUAGUGGCCAUUUAGGGCAGGUGGCAUGGUUUUGUAUCUAAUGAUUGCCAGUAUGGUAAUAGCCAGAUUUGAUCCUGGGGUGGGUCUGUUGUAUAAUGCCAUUUUUCAGCAAUAUUAGCUAGUGUUUAGUUAUUUAACUUAUGCCACCUCAUAGCUGAGAUGGUGUUUUUGUCGUUCAUUAACAGGCAGUGCGUCUCUAGAAUUGUUACAGUUGCCGUGAACUGAUCAUGUAAAAGUUCGUCUUUUUUCUUUCUUUUUUUCCCUUUUAGAUCGCUGGUAAUUUAUUUACA